AUGUACUACUCCGCAGCGGCCUUGCUGCUUGCUGGGUUGGCCUCGGCCCAGGUGGCUGAAUAUGGCCAGUGUGGAGGUCAAGGCUGGACUGGCUCGACUACAUGCGUAUCCCCGUAUACUUGCCAGUAUCAGAAUGAUUGGUAUAGUCAAUGCUUACCAGCGACGGGCUCCAGUAGUACCACCUCGACCACGAGCAAGUCAACCACCACGUCAACCACGACCAAGACCACCACGUCAACCACGACCAAGACCAGCUCGUCAACCACGACCAAGUCGACCACCUCGACUACGUCCGCUCCGGUGUCCACUUCCACCGUGUUCCCCACGACCAAUGGUCUCAACUUCACCAUUGAUGGAGAAACCAGCUACUAUGCCGGCACCAACUCCUACUGGAUCGGCUUCCUGACCAACGACGCCGACGUCGACCUGGUGAUGCAGCACCUCUACGACUCUGGUCUCCGGAUUCUCCGCGUCUGGGGCUUCAACGACGUCAACACGAUCCCGUCAUCCGGUACCGUCUGGUUCCAGCAUCUCACAGACGGAACCGCCACGAUCAACACCGGUGCCGACGGUCUGGAGCGUCUCGACUACGUAGUUACCUCGGCGGAGAACCACGGCAUCAAGCUGAUUAUCAACUUUGUGAACAAUUGGUCAGACUACGGUGGUAUUGCGGCCUACGUUUCGGCCUUUGGCGGCAGUGCGACCACUUGGUACACCAACACUGCUGCGCAGGCCGCUUACCAGACUUACAUCAAGGCUGUGGUGUCUCGGUAUAGUUCCUCUCCUGCUAUCUUCUCGUGGGAGUUGGCCAACGAGCCCCGCUGCAAUGGCUGCGAUACGUCGGUUCUGUACAACUGGAUCAAGACGACCAGUGCGUAUAUCAAGUCUCUUGAUUCGGAGCACAUGGUGUGCAUUGGUGAUGAGGGCUUCGGUCUGGACACCGACACGGACGGCAGCUACCCAUUUACCUAUGGCGAAGGUCUCAACUUCACCGAGAACCUCAGCAUCGACACCAUCGACUUUGGUACUCUCCACCUCUACCCGAACAGCUGGGGCGAAGUAGAUACCUGGGGUCCUACCUGGAUCAAGGCCCACGGUGAUGCCUGUGUCGCUGCUGGCAAGCCCUGUAUCCUGGAAGAGUAUGGAUACCCCUCAGAUCACUGCACCGUUGAGGCUCCAUGGCAGACGUCGGCGCUGGAUACCAAGGGUAUUGCUGGAGACAUGUUCUGGCAGUGGGGUGAUACUUUGAGCACUGGGCAGACCUCGGAUGAUGGUAACACUAUCUUCUACGGGUCGAGUGACUUUACUUGCUUGGUUACGGAUCAUGUUGCUGCCUUUUAG